UGGAAACCAAGGGGAAGCUCGAGGCUUGCUUUCGAUUUACCGCUACCGGUUUUAAGAUAUGUGCGGCAGUUUAAACAGGAGGCCAAGGAUCCCGAUAACCGCCGGGAGGGUUCUUUGUUCCGACCGCUAGCGUCGCAGUCAUGGAGAAGGACAUGGCCGCGGAGCUCGCGGAAUUAGACAUGGGGACGACGCCGGAGUCGUUCCAGAGGUUGCUGGAAUCGCAAAGGGAGCUCUUCCAUGGCCAGAUUGAGCAGCUUCAGAAGAUCGUCGUCAUGCAGUGCAAGCUCACCGGAGUCAAUCCGUUGUCUCAGGAGAUGGCAGCUGGUGCACUGUCUAUUAAAAUAGGAAAAAGACCAAGAGACUUGGUAAAUCCUAAAGCAAUAAAGUAUAUGCAGUCGGUCUUCUCUAUAAAAGAUAACAUUACAAAGAAGGAGAUGCGUGAAAUUGUCGCUCUUUAUGGUAUAACUGUUACUCAAGUGAAACAGUUUUUUGCUGGUCAGCGGUCUAAAGUUAGAAAGCUUGUGAAGGCAUCACAUGAAGAGGCAGUUAAACUUAAUACAUCUAGGUCAACUCAUGAUGCACAGUCAAUUGUUGCAGAACAUGACCUUUCUGGCAGUGCUCAAGUUCCUGAGACAUCUUCAGAGCUAAAAACUGUUGAAACCAGCUCUUCUUGUUUGUUACAAGAGGAAACAGUGCCUGGAUCUGAACCUUCCGAUAAAAAUUUCCUUGAGAAUGUCUUUUCUUUAAUGAGAAAAGAAGAUACAUUUUCUGGUCAGGUGAAGCUGAUGGAGUGGAUUCUUCAAAUACAGAAUUCAGCAGUACUGCAGUGGUUUUUGACGAAAGGAGGUAUGGUGAUAUUAGAGGAAUGGUUGAGUCUGGCAGCAACUGAAGAGCAAACAACCGUCCUUGUUGUCAUAUUGAAGGUCCUCUGUCAUCUACCUCUGCACAAAGUUCUUCCAGUACAAAUGUCGACCAUAUUGCAGAUUGUUAACAGGCUUAGGUUUUAUCGAACAUCAGACAUAUCAAACAGGGCAAGGAUUCUUUUAUCAAGAUGGAGCAAACUAUUUGUGAGGAGCCAAGCCUGUAUGAGACCUGCCUCUGGCUCAUCUGACGUUCAGAAAGAGAGAAUAAGAAUGCAGAGGAUAAGUGAGCUCCUCAAAGAUGAAUCGUGGCAAUCAAAGAUUGAUAUUUCUGACGACAUUCUUGCUUUGACAUCAGAAUUUACAGGGAAAGCGGAGCCUGCACACUUUGUAAAGCUGCUUACAGAGUCCGGUGAUGAUUCCAGUAGGAAACCUACUCGGAGUAUAUCUUCACAAAGAAGAGAAAAAAGAAAAGUUUUGCUGGUGGAGCAGCCUGGUCGGUCCAACGCUGGGAGGAAUUCACAGGUCACAAGGGUGGUGCAGGCAAGGCCAAUAUCUGCCGACGAUAUUCAGAAAGCAAAGCUGCGAGCAAGUUUCCUGCAGAGCAAGCACAAUAAGGAUGGUGGCCCCAAUGGAACCAAGCUGCCCCUCAAGGAUAUUCUUCCUUGUCGAACCAGCAAGUUGGCACAGAAAGCAGAUGAAGGAGUUCGAUCUGGGGAGGAUAAGGACCCUGCUAAAGUCACUGCUGCAACCUCAGUUUCUUCAACAGGAGCCCCUUUGAUCCAAGGUCAGGCUGUUGGAGAAGAAUCAAGUGCUACUGGUGGCAGCAUCUUUUCCGUACAGACGCUGGAAUCAACUAAAGUUCCAUGGCGGAGACCUCCAGAAAUAAGGAUAAACUGCUUGUGGAGAGUUGGAGCAGGAGAAAAGAGCAAGGAGGUAGAGGUCCAGACUCAACGUCUCAAAAGAGAGAGGGAGGCAGUCUACCGUAAACUCCAAGACAUUCCUCCCAACCCCAGGGAACCUUGGGAUGCAGAGAUGGACUUUGACGAUAGCUUGACGCCGGAAGUCCCGGCUGAACAACUGCCAUCCGAUCAGGAGUCGCUUGUCGACACCAGGCUUCCAUCUCCUUCUGAAGUGAAGAACGUUGUUGCUACAGCUGCAGAACCUGUUCCCUCAGUUAACGCAGCUGCUCCUGUUUCUAAUGUUGGUGCUGAACCGGACCUUGAAUUGCUCGCCGUCCUCCUCAAGAAUCCAGAUCUCGUCUUUGCUCUGACUUCUGGCCAGGGCAAGAACAUGAGUAAGGAAGAGACAGUUGCAUUGCUUGACCUGCUCAAGACCAAGAAUUCUGGCCACGCUGGUAUUCCGAACGGAUUAACUGGGAGCAGCUCUGCGCAGCCUGGAAACAAGUCGGAGAUUCCUUCCCUUUCACCCAAUGUCGUCGCUCCUUCUGUUCCAUUAAGGACGAACAGUUGGAGAUCAGAAGCCGCGGUGCAAGACGUUGUUGUGAAGCCUUCGCCAUUGGAAAUAACUGGUCUGCAACCCCAGGUGGGUGUGAUGGUCCGGCCGACUCCAUUAACCAACUCAACACUGCUGCAAACUCCAACCUCGGGUUCAACAUUGCCGCAGCAAAUUAUGCCUACUUUAAACCUUCCAGGGACACUCCCAUCUCCAGACUUAUUGCCAUCACCAACUAAGCAAAUGCGAGCGCCUACAAAUCCGAGGUUGCAACUGCACGACAGUAACUUGCUGGUUAUUCAGGCCUCCGACGCUGCCUCGCCAGUGACAUCUUCUGCUGCAUCGAGCAUGCCAUCUAAGCAUUUCAGCGCAGACAGGCUCAAUCACAAUUUAAAUGCUGCAGUUCUUUCUGCCUCUUCCAAUUCAGGGAAGGAUUCUUCAGCUGCUCAGCUACUACCCCCUUUAUUACCGACACCAGCACGGCCGCCGCCAGCAUUGAUGUCUGAGCGCUCGCUGCCGCCGGUGGCAGGUUGGAGACCGGGAACCGGCAACUCGGUUGUACCUACCGUGAAUCACUACAAGAGUGGUUCUAAGCAGUCCCGGCCCAUCGAUGCUGGAAAUAGGUUGGCUGACAAAGCAGCAGGGAGGGCUGGUGCGAUGUGGGAUCAAGAUGUCCCGGCAAGCCGGAACAACUACAACACCUUACCACCAGUGCAGCAUCAACCAAUGUGGCCAGAACCAAGUCAAAUUUUCCGGCCUGGUGAUGAGGCGGAAGAGUACCCAGGCGGGCCUGAGUUUGAAACUUGGAGCCCUGAUAGGAGCCUGUCUCCACCUAUGGCGAUUGACCCACAUCAUGGCCGCGGCCAGUGGCCGGCACCAUCAAAUGGGUCAAGCCGAGACCGGCGACACAGCUGGCGUCGCCGGAAUGGCAGUAGGCCUUGGCACAACCAUAGGCACGGUAACAAGAGGGAUCGAAGGCGCUAGCACAGGGGUGCAUGGCGGUUCACAAGAACAAUAUUGAAUUUGAUUUUCCGGUGAUCUCGACUCUCUCUGGGUGGAGGAUUUGGGGUGGUUGUUGUAUAGAUAGCUGGUGGCUGUAGGUGGGAGCCGUUAAGGUUUAUGAUUCUUCGUUCAUUGGUCCUCUAAUCUUUAUCUUGGGCUAAGGAUGGAAAUGACCGACUAACGCCCUGGUUUUUGAGUUUAACUUUCACAAGUUUGCUUUGGGUUGGGCAGAAAAGUGAUUGUCGAGGAAACUAUUCAAGGGAAAGUUGAGGUGAAAAUCGUCCUCUUUAUCAGGAUGUUGACGUUGGAGUCGGUCUACAAAAGUCGAGUGGGAGACUUGCAUAAGUAAAUCUGAUUUGUAUACGUGAGUAUUAGCUAGGGUGCAAACGGAUUGGAUCUUGUACAUCAAAAGACAUUGGAUGUUGGAUCCAGAUUGGAUUCGGUGCACUAAGAUUUGAGAAAUUUUAAAGUUAAAAGACUUGCAGGCUUUGGACAAGAGCUGGAUCGUUGCGACCCCAAAUAUCAGCUGAAACUAAAUCUGGAUUUAAGCUA